CGUCAAUGGCGGAAACGACCCGGAUCGGAACUUUAACUCCUGGUCCGAUGAGUUUUUCCUCCAGAAACAUCGACGGCUCGUGAAAUAGGCUGCGUUAUCGACCCAAAUAUGUGUGUACAUAUGUCUAUCACGGCUACCCCCCCUUGGAUGUGAGCCCCUCCGCCCGCCUUGGAUCUUGUGCUUCACACAUCAUCUAAACCUAGAUUAGAAGGAAGACCCGGGUCUUCCCAGGUGGUUUCUGCUGUUCAGCGGCCAGCCGAGCCUCUACCGGCUGCAGGAUGACGUGCCGGGACCGGACCCUCGAGUUCCAGUCGGCCUGUAAAUCCCUCCAGGGCAGACAGCAGAAUGGAGUCCAACCCAGUAAACCAGCUCUCAGCGCCCUCCGGCAGCGCAGUGACUUCACAGUCAUGGCCAAGAGAAUCGGAAAAGACUUGAGUAACACAUUUGCCAAACUGGAAAAGCUCACAAUUUUGGCAAAAAGAAAAUCUCUAUUCGAUGAUAAGGCGGUGGAGAUUGAGGAGCUGACAUACAUCAUUAAACAAGACAUCAACAGUCUAAACAAACAGAUUGCACAGCUGCAGGACCUGGUGAGGUCCCGUGGAGCCCCGGGUGGCCGGCACAUCCAGACUCAUUCCAACACCAUCGUGGUGUCAUUACAGUCCAAACUGGCUUCGAUGUCAAAUGACUUCAAAUCAGUCCUGGAGGUCAGAACAGAGAACCUGAAGCAGCAGCGCAGCCGGAGAGAGCAGUUCUCGCAACCCCCGGCCUCGUCCUCUCCCCUCAUGGCGAAUAACUUCAGGAGCCGCAAAAAAGGGGCCCAGGAGCCGCAUGCAGCUCGCGAGCCGCGCAAUGACUACCAGGGCUAUACAACCUCAAAUUUAAAAGAAAGCUCGGUCCUGAUGCAGGAUGAGUCCCGGAGUCUGGGCGACGUGGCCAUCGACAUGGAUUCUCAGAGCAACCCGCUGCAACUCCAGCUGAUUGAUGAGCAGGACUCGUACAUUCAGAGCCGUGCGGACACCAUGCAGAACAUUGAGAGCACCAUCGUAGAGCUGGGAUCUAUCUUCCAGCAGCUGGCGCACAUGGUCAAGGAGCAAGAGGAGACCAUCCAGAGGAUCGACGCCAAUGUGGAAGACACCCAGCUGAACGUGGAGGCCGCCCACACAGAGAUCCUCAAAUACUUCCAGUCAGUCUCCUCCAACCGCUGGCUGAUGAUCAAGAUCUUUCUCGUCCUCAUCGUCUUCUUCAUCAUCUUCGUCGUCUUCUUUGCCUGAAGAACUCAGAAGCGGCCGAUGGAAAGGGAAAAGUCACGGAAAGCGUGACGACGCAUCGGGAGGACACAUUUCUAUCAUGGUUUGAUGGAUGCUCAAGGAUGGAUACGGACUUGUCUGUUUUUCCCAAACCAUGGACUAUAGAUCUCAGCUCAACAGUUAAAUGAAGAAUAAAGAUAUUGAACUUUGACCUGAUAAAAGAAUAAAUGGUGUAAAAUCCCCACUUUGUAUAGAGAAAGAGCAGAGAGCUGCUCUGUAUUGUACUUUGACCAACUAUUCCUAAACAUUUAAUCAAAAUGGCUAUAAUUUAAUGGUUUGAUUCUGCAAACUGUCUUAUUUCAUUUAUCUCAUGUCGGCCCCCUUUUUUUUAUUUUAAAGCCAAACUAUUGAACUGUAUCAUUAUUCCACUUCUGAGGUCACCUGCUUUUUAUUGGAGAAGCCCGAUCGUCUCAUUCAGCAGAAACUGUUCACCCACCUUUCCCCACUCAUGAUGUGAUUUAUUUUUUUAUCCUCUUCUGUUGCUUUUUGCUUUCAAAGGACUUUAUUUUUUUUUUUUCCUAUUGCCAAAAGGAGACUCUUAUUGAACUGUGACACAGUGCAGAGAUGCCGGCUCUGGCCCUGCGAGGUGCAGCCAGAUGCAGGGGUGUUGAGGGUACAUCUACCAGGUCAGGCGACAGAGCUAUUUUAAUUGAAUCUGUCUGGUUGAAAGCAGCAGAAAUGUUCCGAAAGGUUUAAAAUUUCACUUCUUGACUGCUGCGGACAGUAUCCGUGCUUAUGAAGGGGUUACGCUGGCUGUCGGAGCCCAAUAAAUGACGGACUCGGAUCAGCCGGAUUUCUCUGGAAGUGUCUGGAUGUGUGGGACCCCCCCCCCCCCCCCCCCCCCCCCCCCCCCCUCUGGAUCUGUUUGAUGUACAGGAUGUUAUUUAAAAGAUCAGAUUUUUAAGAAGAAACAAAACAUUUUUCCUAUUUUUGUUUUUUUUUUUUUUUUUUUUUUAGCCAAAUGCCUUGACUCCAGUGUAUAAAUUGCAAAUAGUUAUAAAGAUGUAUUGAUUAAAGAGAAAAACAAAAGCGCAUUAAUAAAAUAAUAAUGGGGUUCUUGCA